AUGGGCAUCGUCUGCAGCUGCUUCUCCACCGUCUUUCUUUGGACUGGCGAGCUCCUGGAGAGUGAGUGAUGGACGUGCUAGGGAGGUAUAUGAGCGGAAUGUAGCGAACAGCAUGACAAGAAGUCCCUUUCAACAAUGUCCUGACACACACACACACACCCGUCUCUCUGCGCUGCUGCCCCUUCUCUGCGUGGGGACAAAAUCCCCAGACCUAGCCCUGGCGAUCGGUGAAAUCUCUUCCAUUCUCAUCCGGGGCAUCUUUUCGCUCCUGAUUGGGCUGUGCGAUGUGCUAGCAGCCAUUUCAUGCUGCUGCCGCGUGCCCUACAGCGAACGACCAGGUCGAAGUGGCUACACAUACGACACUGUCCUGCUAGCCGACAGUCCACCUUUUCUUCGAGGUGCACCAGCAGCAGUGUCGGUACCAGCAGCAUCCAGCGGUACUGGGGUGCUCAGGAGCGUCUUUACCAAGCAGGGCAGACAACACAGAAAAGAUGCACGCGCUGCCAAAGCUCAGAACGAGGCGGCUAGGAAGAAGGAAGCUGCCAUCAAGAAGGAAGCGCAGGACGCUGAGAAGGCCGCCGCGAAGCAGAAGGCUGCAGAUGCCAAAGCUGCCGAGGUCAAGGAGCAGGCUGAGGAAAAAUCUCAGAAAUGA